CAUAACCUAUAAUAUAAAAUAGAGGUUAUAUAUUUGAAAUUUUUUUUCACGUGCGAUUAAUGAAUAAAAAAAGGAUAUCCUAGUAAAAAACUUCAUAUUGUUUCAUUUAUUCAAUUUAAAAUGGAUGUUGAAAUUCGAUUUAUAGAUUCAAGCAAAGGAAAAGGCUUAUUCGCUAAGAAAUCUUUUUCUGAACGUUCCGUAAUAUUUGAAGAGGAACCUCUAGUUGCCUGUCAGUUUUCAUGGAAUGCAAAGUGUAAAUAUCGUGCUUGCGAUCAUUGUUUACGGCCACUUGAAACUGCAGAGGAAAAUGCUAGAAGAUUGACUGGAAAUACUAAUUUGAUACUACCAUACCCAGAAUGUUGUACAACAAAGAAAGACACAAUAGUUUCAUGUGAAAAAUGUGGUGUUGAAUAUUGCAGUCCUGAUUGCCUUACAAGUGCUAACUCUCAAUAUCACCAAACUAUAUGUUUAGGAACCCACGAAAGAAAUGGCAUUCAUCCCUUAGAACUCCUUGAUGAAGCAUGGAGAAAUAUUCAUUUUCCUCCAGAAACAAAUUCAGUAAUGUUGAUAGUGAGGCUUUUGUCUAGGAUUGUCCAAUGUGAUGAUCCUCAACUAGCAAUUUCACAGAUACUACAGUUUUGUCACCGUACUGUCAAUGAAGACAACGCAUUGGCUCAUAAACUACUAGGUUACAAAUUCUCAGAUCAGAUUGAUAAACUACGUACGUUGAUGCAGCAAGCUUUUCCACAUGAAACUAUACAGCAAUUUGUGACUGUGGAAGGAUUCAAAAGUUUGCUAGCUCUCAUUGGAACAAAUGGACAAGGAACUGGUACCAGUGCUUUGAGUCAAUGGGUUUCUGAAGUUUCAAAACUCCCUUUAGCUGACUUGGAAAAAACAAAUUUGGACCAAUUUAUUGACAAAUUAUAUCAAGACAUCGAUGAUCAUACAGGUUCUUUCUUGAAUAAUGAAGGGGUAGCUUUGUACAUGCUUCAAAGUGCAGCAAACCACAGUUGUUUACCUAACGCUGAAGUCAGUUUUCUCCAUAAUAACACCAAAUUAUCUCUUGUGGCUUUAAGAGAUAUAAACGAGGGAGAAGAAAUUUUUAUAAGUUAUUUGGGUGAAUGUGAUCUUCAAAGGUCUAGGGUGUCAAGACAUAGAGAAUUAAUGGAGAAUUAUUUAUUUGAAUGUGAAUGCGAAAAAUGUUUGAAAGAAUGUGAUAACUUUUAUAUUACUAGUGAUGAAGAUGAGGACAUAGAUGUGUAAAAGAAAUAUUGUAGGAAUAUAAGAGAUUUUUAAUCUUCCUUUUUUUUUCAAUAUUGUUUAAAAUUAUUCAUAAAUACAUAAAUUUAUUUCAUAUUUAUAUUCAUGCUAUUCUUUUUGAUAAUAUCAGAAAAAUAUAAACAAUCAGAAUUUAGUCCAAAAUUUUAAAGGUAAACUCUUUGAAAUGAAUACAAUUUUUUUGCGGAACUGUUAAAUAAUAGAACAAAAUAUCUAUCUGAACCUCAUAGGAAAGAGGUCUAAACUAUGAAAUUUUUAAUAUUACUUUUAACAAAGACAAUGAACCUUCAUAAUUCAAUUAUUGCUUAAUACCUAAUUUUAUUGCUAAAUACCCAAACACCGAAAGGUAUUAUUGGGAUUUGUAUAUGUAUAUUGCUAAAUAAACAGCUUGUUU